AGUCCCAAGCGAGAAAAAAUGGCUGAUCCUGCUGUUAGUGCUACUAUUCAGGUUGCAUUGCAGGCAGUUGUUUCCCUUGCCGCUCAUCAUGUUAAUCUGGUUCAUGAAUUCCCAACGGAGCUGAAGAAACUCAACGAUUCUGCUGAAAUGAUCCGAGGCUUCUUGGCUGGUGCCAACGAGCAAAUGCAUAGCCAUGAUCCGAAGCUUGUUGGGGUGCAAAAGUGGCUCAAGCAGCUGGAAGAAGAGGUUUUCAAAGCUGACAAUGUGCUGGAUGAGCUCAACUAUGAAAAUCUUCGUCGGAAGGUGAAGUAUCAAAAUCAACUCACGAAAAAGAAGGUAUUCUUCUGCUUUUCAUUCUUUAAUAAAAUUGGUUUUCGAUGGAGGUUGGGUUCAAUGAUCAGGGGGGUCAACGCGAACCUUGAAAAGAUCCAUCGGGAUGCCAAAGGUUUGGGACUGGCCUACGUUGAAGAAGCAUUCGCUACUAUUGCUGCUGGAGCCACAACAAGCCGACAGACCGACUCUACUAUUGUGCGAAGAGAUGUCAUAGGAAGAGACGAGGAUGAAUCAGAAAUAGUUAAGAAGUUGUUGACCGAAUCUGAAAGUGUUAUUUCAGUUAUUCCCAUAACUGGCACGCCAGGAUUAGGAAAAACAACUCUGGCUAAAGCCGUUUACAAAAAUGAACAAAUUGUUGGACAUUUUGACAAAACAAUGUGGGUUUGUGUGGCUGAAAAAGUAGAUAGAAUCGAGGUGGUCUUCAAAAUGAUUCUAAAAUCGUUAAUAAAAUCGUUAACAGAUAGAGAGAUUGAAGGGGAUCGUAGGGAGGUAAUAGUUCAAAAAAUUCAAGAUGAACUCAGGGAAAAAAGAUAUUUCCUUGUUCUUGAUGAUUUGUGGAAUGAUCAAGAAGUAUUGUUGAAUGACUUUUUCAGCACUUUGGCGGGACUCAAUGCGAAGAAAGGGAGCUGGUGUCUUGUUACUUCUCGUCUGCAAGAAGUGGCAACUAUUCUGUCUAGACAUCCGCAGAUCAAUUUUACUCGCCAUGAGCUGGGAAGGCUAUGCGAUGAUGAUUGCUGGUCUAUCAUGAAAAAAUGGUCAAAUGUAGCGGAAGAAUUACCAAAAGAAUUGGAAGACAUGAGGGAGCAAGUUUUAAGAAGAUGUGACGGUCUACCUUUGGCAGCAAAGUUAAUUGGAGGUUUGCUAUCUAAAAAGAGAAAAGAGGAGUGGCUAUCUAUUUUGGAGGAGAGCCUCUUGAAUGGAGAUCAGGGUGGGAUUGAGCAAAUACUUAAGGUGAGUUUUGAUCAUCUGUCACCUGCACCGGUUAAGAAAUGCUUUGCAUAUUGCUCAAUUUUUGAUCAAGAUACUGAAUUGGAACAAGAUCUACUAGUUGAGCUUUGGAUGGCUGAAGGCUUUCUUCAACCGGAUUCCCAAAAUGAAAGAAUGAUGGAGAAAAUAGGAUGUGAGUAUUUCAGAAUUUUGCUGCAAACAUCCUUAUUGGAAGAAGUAAGAGAUUGGAGGGGAACAUGGUAUAAAAUGCAUGAUCUUGUGCAUGAUUUUGCAAAAUUAAUUUUGAAUUGUAACGGCAGCAAUCAGGACCGUUACCUUGCGGCAUCUGAAAGAAUGGUAGAAAACAUGAACGAAAAGAAAUCAGCAUCACUUCGCACAUUAUUUCUGGAGGGUGGCAUAGCUGAUGAUAUGUUAUCAAAGUUCAAAUACUUACAUGUCCUAAAAUUGUUUGGAAUAUAUACCGAAGAGCUGCCGACCUCCAUUGGCAAACUAAUACAUUUACACUUACUUGACAUUUCAGGUUCUUGGAUUAGAACUUUGCCAAAAUCUCUUUGCAAACUUUAUAGUUUGCAAACACUGAGAAUUUACAUGCUUGAAAAAGGUUUUCCAAAGAAGAUGAGCAAUUUGAUUAGCUUGAGACAUCUUCACUAUGAUAAUUAUGAUACAGGACGCAAAAUCCAGAUGCCAUCCAAAAUUGGACGAUUGACUUGUCUUCAAACGUUAAAGUUCUUUAACAUAGGUCGUCAAGAGGAAGGUCGUGGUAUCCAAGAGCUUGGAACCUUGCAAGAUCUUAAAGGCUCCUUGGAGAUCAGAAAUCUUGAAUUAGUAAAUGGCAAAGAUGAUGCUGAACUAGCGAACCUAUCUAAAAAGCCAAAUAUGUAUCGGUUGGUAUUUGAGUGGGGCAAUAGGGAUGAGGAAAGUGAUAAAUGUGAUGAAGAUGUGUUGGAAGGCCUCCAACCUCACCCAAAUUUAAAAGAGUUACAAAUUUUGAAGUUCAUGGGUGAUCAGUUUCCACAGUGGUUCAUGAAUUUGACAUUGACAUCACUGGUGGAGUUGCGUGUGGCGGAUUGCACAAGAUGCAGAAAACUCCCUGCGCUAGGACAGCUGCCAUUCCUCAAAAAUCUCUCUCUUAAAAGCAUGAAAAAUUUGGAAGAGUGGAAGGACGCACACGAAAUGAGGUCAACCGCAGGUGAAGUACAUGUGAUGGAUGUGUUUCCCCUGCUGGAAACGUUGUAUAUUAGUGAUUGCCUCCAGCUGACCACCAUUCCAACUCCAAGUCGUUUCCCAAGUCUUGAUGUAUUGGAAAUCAAAGAGAAUUGCCAUGCAUUGCUGGCAGAAAAGGUUUUGAGCAAUAUAACCACACUCUCGUCCCUUGAAUUAAGUGGUGGUAGUUUUCAACGCAUCGAGUCUCUAAAAUUAGUGAGACGACCAGAGAGCAGCUUGAGUAUUGAUGGCUGUAACAGUCUACCCACUGACAUGCUUGAGCGACUCUGUCUUUUUCCAACUCUUCAGCGUGUAGAAUUGGUGUAUACCUAUAGUAUAACAACAUUAAGAGGAAUGAGUUGCGCCGCUUGUCUUAAGAGAUUGACAAUCACUUUUUGUGAGAAUUUACGGGAGUUGCCAGAAGAUCUUUAUCAAUUUCAAGCUUUAGAGGACUUGAUGAUACGGAGUUGCCCGAGAAUUGAUUCAUUUGGAUAUCCAAAUCCUAAAAAUUCAUUUGGACAGAAAGGCCUCCUUAAGUCUCUUGAGCAAUUUACUGUCAAUGGGUGCGAUGCAUUAACAAGAUUACCAGUGGAGAUGUUCGAGUCGUGUACGUCUCUCCGAGAGCUGACUUUGGUCAAUUGCCCCAGUCUGGUCUCCUUUCCCCUUGAUUUGCGACGGACCCCUUCUCUCGAGAGCUUCUGGUUACGGGGGUGUUCCAACUUGAUUGCUGAGAUGCCUAGUGGAUUUGGCUAUCUUACCAGCUUAAGGGAAGUGAAGAUUGGUCCCUUCUCAGAUUACUCAGUAAUCGAAUUUGAUUGGGCUGGAUUAGCUUCUUCAUCAACACUGCAACACGUGUCUUUGUAUGGAAUGUGUGACACGAAAUCUCUGCCACAUCAGCUUCAAGACUUGACUACCAUCACAUCACUAUCUCUAUUUAACUUCGGAGCAAUCGAAGCCUUACCAGAUUGGCUUGGGAACCUUGCGUCUCUUGAAAUCCUAGAACUAUGGGUGUGCCGAAAGCUCGAAUAUUUACCCUCUGGAGAUGCCAUGGAACGCCUCAAAUUAAGACGUCUGAAAAUUAUUGGUUGUCCUCUAUUAACCGAAAGCGGCUCCGAGUGGCCCAAGAUCUCUAAUAUUCCAGAGCUUGAAAUUGAUCCGACACUGCAGAGGACGCGAAGCCGCUGAAGCAAAAUGGGGUGCUCUCAUGGAUGAUGAAAUUGCUGAUCAAUUCAAUGGUAUAAAGAGAUGUUGCGCCGGCUCAGAUCAGAACUGCAACAUUGAGGUUGCCAUUGACAAAGUUAACAACUUCUACAGCAAGAAACUUUUGGUCAUGACGGUUAGACGGUAGAAGGAGGACUGGUAUGCUUCAUGGAAAUGUCUGGCCGUGGUUUCCACUGUGGCGCUGCUGGUCGUACUUAGCAUGCAGACGUUUUGCGAGUUCUAUCAAUGCAGCAAAGUCUGGAACUUCAGCAAGUAUCAUCAUGAUCAUCUCUAUC